AUGCAGAUUCUCAGAAGCACCGCCCUCUUGAUGGCGUUGGCGAUCCCGGGCGUUCUAUCUUCAACGAUAGGAUUGCGUUCUCACGAGUCGGUUAUGGACUCGAACGUAUUCGACGGCUUGAGCGACAGCGACUUCAAGUCAGCCAACAAGCAUGCGCUUGGUGGGGGAAAGUCAAAGGCCUACAUCGAUGUCGUCGAGGGCAGGAAAUUCACCCUAAGCAGCGGUGGGGAAGUCGCCGCCUGGUUGAAACUAACGCAUGAAGAAAAGAAACACUACCAGUCGGCCGGGAAGAAGGCUCUGAGCACCGAAAACACCAACCCCAGCAAACUGUUUCGCCGCGCUAAGACAGACAAUGAAUGCAAUGCAGAAGCGUGCGGGAACGGGACAGCCGGAGGCGAUGAUGCGCAAUGCCGCCGUAUAGACUGCCAAGGAUGUACGCCUCUGAGAGUAAAGAUAGGUGAGGCGGUCUAUACGAGCUAUAUUUGCUCAGCUUGA